AUGGAAAGUAUUAUGAGAAAGUCUGCUGUUCAUAAAUAAUUAAUAGUAAUCUAUUAGUUUUUCAAAAUAGUAAUAAGCUAAAGAUUAUAACUAAGAUUUGACUUUAAAAAAGUAAUUAAAUAAUUAUCGCUUUUUGAAAACUUAAAAGAAUUAAAAGAAUCUGCCUUCUAUAAUAAGAUCAAGACAUUAGAUUAUAUAGUUCACUUAACUAAAACUCACAAUCUCCAUUUGAAAAUAAUAAAAGAAUUUAUAUAAAGUGAUUAAGAAUAGACAUGUUAGAAUUAUUCUUAAUAUCUCUUGCCUUCGACCAAGAAAAUUGAAAUUACCCACCUAUUUAAUAAUUAUAAAGAUAUUUGUUUGAGAAAUUGUUUCUAAAAUGAAUAUAUUAAUUUAUUUUCACUUAACUAAUCAAGAUUGUUUUAUCAAUUAAUUAAAUUUUAAUUAAAAAUUUUCAAUUUUACAAAAUAUUUUGAAAUAGAAUAAAAAAAAUAAUUCAUAAAUCAUAAAUCUAAGUAAAGACCAAUGUUAUAUUAUCCGGGUCUUAUAAGCAAUAUUAUUUAAUUUUAAUUGUUUUCUUGA